AACAAAAUUCAGAAGCUUCAAAAAAAAGAAUACUUUAUAUUGGAUUAAAUGAUGAAAAAGUUAAACUAUAUCUUCAUCAUAUUGGUUUUGUGAUCACAUUUGGUGAUACAUCACCUCUAGAAAUUAUAGCACGAGAAUUGUUUGGUAACAAAAUUAAAUCAUCGUUUCAUUGGAAAGAUUUAAACAAAAAAGAAAAUGAUCAACUUUUAGAUACUUUACAAUCACAAGCCAAGUGGAUAAAUGAUAUCACAACUUUUUACGUUAGAAGUACUGAAUGUUCAACAUAUGUUAAUGAAAUUAAUAAAGUUUUUCUUUAUAAAAAUUCUCUAUUUUAUCAAUAUUGUAAAAAUGCAAAUAUCAUGGAAUUGUUAGGUUACUUUAAUGAUCCAGAAGAUUGUAUUCCCAAAUUUUGGAAUCAACUAGCAAGAAUAGGACGAGUUGGUGCCUUUAAAGAUAAACAAAUUUUUUCUGAAUUAUGUGAAAUUUUUGUGGAAAUGACAAAUCGUAUUAAUGAAGGAAAAGGACUUCAAAAUAUUAGAUAUCCCGAACAAUUUUCCAAUUUUUUAACUAUUUUAGUAAGUAGUAGUCUACAAACAUAUGCUAUUUUUCAAAAAAAUCUUACAGGAAGAACAAUUCAAAAUAUCUGA